AUGGAAAAUAAUAAUAAUAAUAAUAAUAAUCAAAAUAAAAAUAAUGAUGAUAAUAAUUUAUCAAUAUGUAUAGAUAUUGAUGAUUCAAAUAUUAAUAAAAAUGUAACAACAAAGAGUAUAGAAGAAAUUGACAACGAUAAUGAGAACAAUAAUAUUAAAAAUAAUACAUAUAUAACAAAUACUAUUAAAAACUGUAAAAGAAUAAGAAAAUUUUUUAAUAUGGAAAAAAAUGAAAUCCCAAUAGAAUUUAAAUUAUUUAAAAAAGAUGAAAUAUAUAAUAAAUUUAUUAAAGAGUUAAAUAAUAUAUACGAACCAAUUUACAUUGUACUUUUUCCAAUAGUGUGUGUUGUAAUGAUGGAUACUUUAUUAGAAAGUUAUAUAGCUGCUUUUAAUAAAGAAUUAUAUGGUUUAGAUAUUCCAAUAGUAUUUUCGAUUAAAUGUGUACCAUCCCAUGAUUUAUACAUUACUUUUCCAAGCUAUCUUAGUGACCAAGAAACAAUUGGUGAAAAUGAAAAUGAGGGCUCAACAGAAAAUACAAUUGUAUCUUUAAAUACAAUGUCAGAAGUAUCCACUGGUGGUAGUGAAGAUAAUGUUUAA